GGAGUGGCGAGUGCUGUUGUCGCAGGAGAAUAAAUCACGCAGCCGCCAUUUUGGUAUUAUAAUAGAAAGAAAAACGCCACCGACGGGACUGUAGCGAGCUUCUGUCCUUAGCUAUUAUACCGGGACAUUAAGAGUGCUGAGGCCUAUGUGACACACGAACCGCUGUCGUAGCUGUCUACUUGUGAGGCUAUUGUCCUUAUUCCCCCCGGUGUUAGCUUGGGUGACUCCCCCUGGGAUCCGCUUCGCCACGGCAGGAGAGCGGGGCGCUCGGCGGGGCGGGGGGGACACGCUGACAUCCGCCAGCGGCCAGGACAACAGCGGGGACCUAAGGAGGGGAGGACGGAGAAGGAGGAGAUCUCGGGCUGGUAGCGGGAGGAGGAUGGAGGCGGAGAGAGGAGACCAGAGCAAAGAUGGUGAAGUUAAUGUGCUGGAUGAUAUUUUAACUGAAGCACCAGACCAAGAUGAUGAACUGUACAACCCAGAAAGUGAGCAAGAUGUGAAUGAGAAAAAAGGGUCCAAAAGGAAAAGCGACAGAAUUGAAAUGGGAGAGUCAAAGAGACAAAAACAAUCCUCACACGUAACAAGACAACCGCCUCAGAGGCUGUCCGCGGGGAGCAACAAAAGGGUUGCCAGCAUUAAAGGAAAGCAGGCUCCGGAAUACAAAAGUGAUGACUUUCAGAGGCAAGAACGGAACCGGAGGCCCGAUGGCGAUCGGCGGAUCCGUUCCUCUGGCAGUGCUGUACAUGAAGUUUUUAAAGGUCCGCACGAAAAGAUGAGCAUUAGAAAGAGAGACUCUGGCAGGAGGCCCAAAUCGAACACUCCAGAAAUAGCUUCUGAGAAGAUAAGACACGAGGUAAGCAGACGUCAAAGUAGGUCCAGCCACUCCUCCAAUGAUGGAAAUUCUGAGGAAUAUGGCUCAGAUCAAGAAUCUGGAAGUAGUGAAUCGUCUGAUCAAGGCAACCAUAGUGAGAAUGAUGAUGGAAUGGAUGAUGAUGACGGCGAAGAUGCUGAAGAGGAAGAAGAGGGUGAAGAAGAUGAAGAAGAAUAUGAUCAGGAUGAACAGGAACGAGACCAGAGGGAAGGAAAUGAUUAUGAUACACGCAGCGAGGCCAGCGACUCAGAAUCUGAGUCUGCCUCUUUCUCUGGUGAUUCGAUUCGAUCAGGAUCAGGCUCUGACAUUUCAGAUGAGAAAAAGAAGGAAAGGAAAAGGGCUAGAGGUAUUUCUCCAAUUGUGUUUGAUAGAAGUGGAAGUUCUGCAUCAGACUCGUAUGCAGGUUCAGAAAAGAAGCACGAAAAAUUAUCCUCUUCUGUUCGUGAUGUCCGAAAAGAACGAAUCAAUAAAAUUAGGUAUAUUCUUCAAGAUGCUCGAUUCUUCCUCAUCAAGAGUAACAACCACGAGAAUGUGUCCUUGGCUAAAGCAAAGGGUGUUUGGUCAACUUUACCAGUGAAUGAGAAGAAGCUAAAUGCAGCCUUCAGAGCUGCAAGGAGUGUUAUUCUCAUCUUCUCUGUUAGAGAAAGUGGUAAAUUCCAAGGAUUCGCAAGGCUGUCAUCAGAAUCUCAUCAUGGUGGUUCUCCUAUCCACUGGGUGCUGCCAGCAGGAAUGAAUGCAAAGAUGCUUGGGGGGGUGUUCAAGAUAGACUGGAUUUGCAGGAGGGAAUUGCCCUUCACCAAAUCAGCACACCUAAACAACCCUUGGAACGAACAUAAACCCGUGAAGAUUGGACGGGAUGGACAGGAAAUUGAACCAGAGUGCGGAAACCAGCUCUGCCUUCUGUUUCCCACGGAUGAAACCAUUGACUUGUAUCAAGUCAUCCACAAAAUGAGACACAAGAGAAGAAUGCAUUCCCAGCCAAGAUCUAGAGGACGCCCCUCGCGCCGAGAGACAACCCGAGAAGUGGGAAGGCGUCGACCGGAAGAUUAUGAUAUUCAUAACAACCGAAAGAAACCAAGAACUGACUAUCCCGCAGAGUUUCACCAGAGACCAGGGUUUGUUAAGGAUCCUCGAUACCAAGAAGUAGAUCGAAGAUUUACCGGGGUGCGCAGAGAUGUAUUUCUAAAUGGGUCUUACAAUGAUUAUGUUAGAGAGUUUCACAACAUGGGGCCGCCACCGCCGUGGCAAGGAAUGCCUCCAUACCCUGCGAUGGAACAGCCCCCACAUCACCCUUACUAUCAGCACCAUGCACCUCCACCUCAAGCACACCCACAGUUCUCGGGUCAUCAUCCAGUUCCCCACGAUGCAAGAUAUCGGGACAAACGUGUACACGACUAUGAUAUGAGAGUAGAUGACUUCCUGCGUCGCACCCAAGCAGUCGUCAGUGGUCGGCGAAGCCGCCCAAGAGAGAGGGAUAGAGAGCGUGAGCGAGAGCGCCCCAGAGACGCCCGCCGAGACAGAGGCCGCGACCGCGAUAGAGACCGGGAGAGGGAGCGAAUUCGUGAUAGAGACCGGGGUGAUCGAGGAGACAGAAGUGACAGGGGAGACCGGGGCAGAUAUAGAAGAUAACUGGCUUACACACUACCGGUUGUGUUCUGAAGAACUUAUGGAUUUAUGUCCUCCCCUCAUAAAUAUAUGCAGUGUUGACAUCUGUUAGGGCUGUUCUAAAGAGUUUGUGUGGGGGAAAACAAGAAAUGUCUUUUGAUCUUUUUUGAUAUGCAAGUGUCCUCCGGAUGAAUUUAAACAUGAAGCAAAGAAGGUGCAUCGUCAUUAAACCUAGAAAUUAUAAAGACGCACAAACCUUGCAUAGAGAUUUGUAAUUGGUUUUCUUGAAAUGUAACACCAAAUUCAUCCCAGUGCUUGUUUUCCUUGUUAAUUCGUGAAUAAAUUGGAUCACACACAAUUUGAAUGCCCCCCCUCGAUUGUGAAAUGGUUAGGUAGUCACUGCCUUUACACAUUUUCUUUUUUUCUCUCCUUCCAUAUAGUUCAAGUUGAUUGUGUGACCAUAAUGCUGCUAUAAGGUAUGCAGAUCUUGAGAUAUAGGCCAAGUGAAUGAAUUGUUAGAAGUCCUUUCCAAAUCCCACUUAGUAACGAUGAGCAAUACCAUGAACCUUUUUUUUCUUUUUUAUAUAUAUUUAAUUUUCUUUUUUUUAAACAACCAUUUGGAUGCUUUGAUUGUUGAUGUCUGAUCACCUGUGGGGAGUGAUCAUAACCUCUGUGUGCUAGAUAAUGUUUUGACAUCUGCCAUCAUUUUGGUUUUAAAUUGGUAAAAUUGCAAUAUCUGCAGUUUGUAAUGAGCCAUGGUAUGAGCUAUUAAGCUUAUAAUCCCUUGCUACAAAGCAUCUGUUAUUUUGAAUAGUCUCCGGCCACACUGGGUUGUGUUUGUGCCGUUUUUUGUUUUUUAUAAUAAAAACUACUGUGAAAAGAUGAAA